AUGGAGAAGGCCUGGAGUGAUACGCACGAAGCGGACCUUCUUGAUUCAGAGGCUGCCCAUCUGAGCAUUACUAGUGGCAACACGCAAUAUUAUGCUGGAGAAGCCAGGGCAUGGCCUCAAGCAGCACAAUCAACACCAACUUCCUGGAUGCAACAUGCUCACGACCUCAUUCUGGUCUCUGAGGAGCAAAGAAGGGCCUCUUGCUACCUCUCUGAUUUGGUUGAGAAACUUCUAAUUUCAACUGAGAAAACUAUCAUUGCACAGAAGGAUCGCGUCAAUGUUGCCUUGCUGAAAAGGCUGGAGGAAUAUGAGUUUGAAAAGCAGGAAUUAAUUAGCAAACUUGGAAGGGUAAUCUCUUGA